CACUGAAUCUUUUUAUUUAUUUAUUUAUUUUCACUGUAAAUAAAUUAAAUAUAUGCCAAAGAGGGCAUACCAUCCACCAGUAGAGACAACCACGGGACACCACUCAUCUAUCCUCACAAAAGACCAGAUUACCAGCUGUCUGAUUUUGCAUCCUCUAUACAGCCUAAGCUACUCUCUCACCACAACCAUUCAUAGCAACAUCAAUUUUUUCGGUGCAAUGAGAUGUUAAUGUGGACAUUGAAUAUUGCACCAUCAUCAUGUGAAGGUGUAGGAUUUUACAAGUCCGUAUAACACGGUUCUUGCCCAUAGUUCUUGGACAUGAUGAGUCAAGCUUGUUUUGUCUUUUGCCUACAUUUUAAGUACAGAAAUUCUACCACCAACUUUUCAAUCUCUCCACUAUAUUCUAGUGAAAACAAUUAUAUCAGAAAAUUCAGAUUUCUGUGGUUCUAAGUGUAUCUUUGUUCUAUGUGGUUCAUAGAGUCACCUGUGUUCACAAGACACCACCAGUUUUGGACCCAAUAUGUUGUUUAACCACUUGACAGAGUGAAAUUUGGCGUAGAUAUGUUCCACUUUGAUGUGUUGAUUGCCAAACACAACCAAACAUGCCCACCUCCCAAAUUGCUCCUCAUCCAACUAUCACAUGGCUUUGCUUUGAAUAUAAACCUAUCCCACUUCCUUCACUUCCAAUCAAGCACAGAUACACAACAUUUCACUCUUCUAAGAACCAAAUCAACAAAAUAUACCCUUUCUAGCAUUUCACAAGAAAAACACAAGCAUGAUCAGUUCAAAGAAGCUCAUCAAAAUGGCGAGGAAGUGGCAAAAGGUGGCUGCUAUCAGUCAGAAAAGAAUCAUCUUUCCGAGAACCACAAGGGGUGUUGAUGAUGCAGACAAUUGCAACACAUCAACAGUUCAAAAGGGUCACUUUGCUGUGUACACUGCUGACCAGAGACGCUUUGUGAUUCCCUUGGCCUACCUCGACACGGGAAUUUUCAAGGAGCUCCUAAAAAUGGCAGAGGAAGAGUAUGGACUGCCGAGUCAUGGGCCUAUCACACUGCCAUGUGAUGCAGUCUUUAUGCAGUAUGCAGUCUCUUUGAUAAGAAGGCAUGCUGCUAAGGAUCUAGAAAAAAUAUUGCUCAUGUCCAUUGCUACUGGGCGGUGCUUAUCAUCCUCGUGUCUCCAACAAGAACAAUGCAAUAAAAAAUUAGCAGUCUGCAGCUAAUGAUGUCAAUUGUACUUCAGUUUUGUCAAUGAUAAACAAUGUAGUUAGCUUGAUACAAUUAAUGAAAUUUCACAAGAGUUUAUGUUCA